AUGUUUUGCACCGUUUUCACCAUGAUCCAUCUUUUGCUGCAGGCUCUCCCUUAUUUCUACGUGCCAUACGAUGACGACCUGCCUCAGGAUCUGGCUAAAGCACGAAUCUUCAUGCGCCAGCUGGCUUCAGCACUGGAGUAUGCACUCAAGGUUGCAAGCCCCUAUGCGCGCAAGAGGCAGCACGUGCAUGCGUGCUCUCUGGUGCGAGCUCUGCCCUUCUACGGUUACCACCCCAACGAAUGCCUCUUCAUCAAGCUGGAGAUGUUCUAUCCGGAUGAAGUGACCCGUGCUGCAUUCAUCCUCCAGUCAGGAGCAGUGAUGGGGCGAGUGUUCCAGCCAUACGAGUCUCACAUCCCGUACCUCCUGCAAGUCAAGAUAGACUACAAUCUCGUGGGCAUGGGUCUCGUCCGCCUCUCUCAAGUCCUUUUCAGACCACCCCUUCCCACGCACCCUCCUCCUCACACCUCUCCUCCACCUCCACCUGCUGCUGGGGACGAGAAGAGAAUCGGAGGGGUGUAUUUCGCAGGAAACGUCCCUCCAGGGUGCUUCUGGGGGGCCAGAAGGCAGGAGGGCGGACGCACAUUCGAGGCAAGGGGAAGCAUGGGGAGGAAGAGGGGGAGAUGGUGUGAGGAGAGUCUACCUGAAAGGCGUGAAGGGCGUUCAGGGAUGGACGGUGUGCGUCGGCAGAGUGUGUGCGAGCUGGAGGCGGAUGGGUGCGUGUCAGGUGGGUGGGAGAGGCGAGAGCAGCGUGGGGAGAUGCCUUAG